AUGGGCAACUUGAUCUGGGCACAAUGGGCCCGUUUGCUCGCGUUGGCAAGCGCCACGAACCUGCUCUGGGCGGCGUCUUGGGCGAUUGCCUAUCGAAAAUUCUUCUGGGACAUGAUCGAUGCGCCGCUAGGCCCGCACGGUGAUCAGCCUCCAGAACGGGAUGCCGUCUUCUUGACGCUCAUCGUGCGCGUUCCUGCCAUUCAGAUCAUCCUCAUCGUCCACGCAUUGAUAAUGCUCGCGUUCGAGUGGCCUCUGCCUCUCUUACGGCAGUCCGCUUUGUACCGGCAUCACAGCGUGAAGAUCACGUUCUAUGUCGUUACAGCAGUCCUGGCAUCGCUCGUCUACCAGAGCAUAGACGGCGCAUUUUACCUGCUCAUUGCAGCCGCCGUGCGAGCUCGGGCGAGCCGAUUACGUGAGCCCAUGUUUCCGGCACCACGGGAAGCGCCCAAAGGGAUUGUAUGA